ACUCCUUAAGAGUAGCAGUCUUCUCUCUGGCGGUCAAGAAAACAUGUUUCCCAGUCACCCUCUCCAAUGUUGCAAUCUGUUUUUGGCAACGUGGAGAUCAUGAUCAUGACAUCAUCUCAGCCAUAAUUCAGGGGUCUAAACAAAAAGACAAACCUCGUCUUGACUGCUAUGAUUUGACAUCUCAAUUAACAACAAAAUGGCCGAAGCAGUAGCAGGCCUUUACGCGGUCGAGACUCUUGUCGAAGGAGCAGCUGUUGGUGCUUUCGCUGUAUCGAGACCGACGGCACCUUUACACCUCAGUUUUCGGAGGAUCCCUCCCUCAGCCAAAGAUGGCGGUCUCGCUCGAUCUGGCCACGCUCUGAAUAUCGUCCGAGGCAAAGCCUACGUUAUUGGUGGUCAGGGCCAGUCCAGCUCCAGCUCCAGCUCCGAAGGUGACUCUUCCAUACUCGCUAUAACACUGCCGGUUGCUUCUUCAUCCGAUGCGCAAGACCUCCCCAGCGACAUUGAGAUUAUUCAUCCUGUAUUCAAAAACGACAACCGCCCCCUCGCACCCAAUUCAGAGCCCGAAACUGGCAGUCGCACGUCCUUCACGUUUAAUAGGACCGGCCACACGACCACAGCUAUCGGCGAUAAACUUUACAUCUGGGGUGGUAAGGGGACUACGCCGGAUCAAACUGUGGACGAUGUUCCCCCUCAAUCUUCCGACCACUUCGUCGUGUUUGACACCUUGACCAGCGCAUACAGCAUCCUGCCAGCCGACACAACCAAGUGCCGUGAUGGUCUCCCACCUCCACGUACCAGUCAUUCAGCUACGUCAACACCACAUCCUCAGCCAGGUUCACUCCCAGACGGACCCAGGAUCGAUGCUCACGGCACAAUAUUCAUCCACGGCGGUAGUGCCAACAACACCACACUUCGAGAUACCUGGGCAUUCGACGUGGGAUCGCGCGCAUGGACCCACUUCCCUGACAUACCCGAGCCAGGACCUUCCGAGGUAGCCAAUGAAGGAAGAAUAACCUACGUGAACAGCAGACUGUGGAGACUAGGCGAUGGCUUUGGACGUGCUAUGUACCUUGAUCUUGCAGAACAUGACCCUGCGCCAGAUCCCAACCCACACCUACCGGGUGGUCCCAUGUCAAAGGAUUCAUCGGUGCUGGGCGUCGGCCUCAAGGGCGACGGCAAGUGGCAAGUCAUUAGCUUUGGCACAGAAGCAACUGGUGGCAGUUCCUCCACGAGCACCAAUGCAUCUUCACUUCCUAUGCCCCGACUAUCUGCUGGUCUGGUACCCGUCACGACCGGUUCUGGCCGGCGCUAUCUGGUAUACUUCAUGGGCCGUGAAUUGAAGACAGGUUUGAACGACUUCUGGUCCUUCCAGAUCCAAUCGGACGAUACCUCUGGUGCCGGCCUCAAGGAUAUGGUCCGAGAUGUGGUCAGUAAAGCGAAGAGCUCGUGGGGCUCCGGCGAACAUAGUUGGGCGAAAUGUGAGAUGGCGAAAGCGGACGCAAAGAGCCUGACUAGUGAGGAACGUGAAAAGAGACCAGAGGACAGCUCUGGCUGGCCUGAAGGACUGCACGAGUUUGCCAGCGACGUCUGGAACGACCAGGGCGGUAACGUCUUCAUUAUCUGGGGAGGCAGACGGGGAGACAACGCCGUUGACGAGGGAUGGGCCGUGACUGUUCAGUGACCUUUGAUGAUGUGGCACGCGUCUCAAGAUGAAGAAAAGUGUUCCCGGCGGCUUGGUAGUUUUCUUUGAAGGCCGCCCAUGGUAGCUCAAGACUUGUGUGAGUAGGAUAAUGAAAUGCGGAAUUUUGCGUCGGCCAGAAGCUGUGCCAUGAGUCGGUCCGGGCAUGGCACGGACAAUCGA